AUGGAGGGUGACCUUGUGUGGCUUCAAGUAUCGUCCAUAAAGGGCGUGAUACGUUUUAGGAAGAAGGGAAAGCUUAGCCCUCGGUUCAUUGGCCUAUAUGAGAUUUUAGGGCGAGUGAGAGAUGUGUCUUACAGAUUGCCCUUGCCACCUAGCUUGUCAGUUGUGCUUCUGGUAUUCCAUGUUUCUAUUCUCCGAAAGUAUGUUUCGGAUAAGUGUCAUGUGAUCUCCCUUGAUUCAGUGGAGUUAGGUCCAAACUUGACAUUUGAGAAGGAGACCAUAUCUAUUCUUGACAGACAAGUCCGUAAUCUUAGUGAGGAAACUAAGUCAGAGAAUUGGUUGAGGAAUCACAACACUGAAGGAAGAAAUAUUUGA